AUGACAUUCAAAAGCUUCACCAGAAAUAUGGUAGGCCCUGUUGUCAGACUGUCGCCGAACGAGGUCUCCUUUGCUACGAUUGAAGCCCAAAACGCCAUUCAUAGACCCGGAGCUUCGGCCAAGCAAAACUUGUUCUUCACUAAAGACGGAACUCUGGAGGCGAUGAUGGGCAAGAUAAUCUGGCCUGCGACAAACCUACUCACAGCCACUGUGCCCGAGGACCAUCAACGGUUGAAAAGAGCCUUGCAAUCAGCGUUUACUGAUCGUGCGUUACAUUGCCAGGAGCCGAUUCAGCAACGUCAUACGGAUCAUUUGGUGAACCAAAUUAAACAAGCAUCCCACAGGGAUGGUAUCAUAAACUUGACACCUUAUUUGUCUCUGACGAUAUGGAACAUCGUCAGUGAUUUGUCCUUCGGAGAGCCUUUACUGGAAGAUCAGCUUGGAAAGUUCGAGCGACUCAAAACGGCAUUUUGUAUGGCUAGCCCGUUACUCGAAGCUCUCCAAGUCCUACUAGCUGUACCGGGGGCUCAGGCUCUAGUUCAAGCCUGGGUUGGCAUAGUGCCACUCCUCUUCUGGCUCCCGACCAAUAUUCUGCCAUCUUCCACACUGCGAAAGUGA